UGAGAGAGCGGGUCCUUGUAAAAUACAACCAACUACCAAACCAACUACUGUCAGCUUCUUGGAAAAGGGAAUCAAACAAGAGACGCAACUUUCGAAUCUGCCUUCGACGUCAUUGCAUACGCUAUCAAGAUUCAGACUUGCCAUGUUUUAUUCAACUCUAAACUCUGUGCCUGCGAGAGAGAGAGAGACAGAGAGAUGGAAAAGCAGGGAAAGAGACGCCGCCGGGUGGUGCUAGUGCCAGCGCCGUUCCAAGGCCACAUAAACCCAAUGCUUCAGCUGGGCAGCAUCCUCCACUCCAAUGGCUUCUCCAUCACUGUCGUUCACGCCCAAUACAACUCCCCCAACCCUUCAAUCCACCCCGAUUUCAGCUUUCUUCCCUUACCAGAUACCUCUUCUGACCACAACAUCUUAGCUGGCGAUUUAAUAGCUUUUGUAUUACAGCUUAAUACAAAUUGCAAAGCUCGUUUACAGGAAUGCUUCGCUCAAGUGAUGAGGCAACAGGGCCCGGACGAUGGAAUCGCCUGCGUUGUCCACGAUGAGAUCAUGUACUUUUCGGAAGCAGCGGCAAAGGAUCUGAAGCUUCCAAGCAUCGUCUUGCGCACAGCUAGUGCUGCCACUUUUCUUGCUCGUAAUGCCCUUAUCAACCUAAAGGCAGAAGGCCACAUUCCCUUCCCAGAAUCAAGGUCGCUGGAUUCAGUUCCGGAGCUUAUUCCAAUCAGGUUCAAGGAUCUACCUCUCCCCAUUUUCGGAAAAUUAGAGGACACUUUGCAACUAGUGAGUAAAGUUGCCAACAUUAGAACAUCUUUGGCCAUCAUUUAUAAUACAAUUGACUGUCUUGAAAAUUCAUCAUUGGCAAAACUCCAACAGCAAUGUCAAGUUCCAUCCUUCCCAAUAGGCCCAAUGCAUAGCUUUGCUCCGGCCUCCUCUACUAGCUUAUUGGAGGAGGAUAAUAGCUGCUUGGCAUGGCUUGAUCAGCAAAGUUGUAACUCAGUCAUUUAUGUAAGUUUGGGAAGUAUAGCAUUCAUGGACGUCAAGCAGGUUGUUGAGAUGGCUUGGGGGCUAGUGAACAGCCAACAACCUUUUUUAUGGGUGGUUCGGCCAGGCUCAAUUCGCGGUGCAGAAUGGAUUGAAAUACUGUCCAAAAAUUUAAAAGAAAGUAUUAGCGAGAGAGGUUACAUUGUGAAAUGGGCACCCCAAAAAGAAGUAUUGGCGCACAGUGCAGUGGGAGGGUUUUUGAGCCAUUGUGGAUGGAAUUCAACACUUGAGAGUAUUUGCGAAGGAGUUCCAAUGAUAUGCAGACCGAGUUUCGAGGACCAGAGAGUGAAUGCAAGGUAUGUAAGCCACGUAUGGAAUGUAGGUCUAGAAUUGGAGAGCGAGUUGGAGAGAGGUGAGAUAGAGAGAGUCGUAAGAAGACUUAUGGUGGAUGAAGAAGGGAAAGAUAUGCGAAAGAGGGGGAAGAAUUUGAAGGAGAGAAUCGAACUUUGCAUUAAAGAAGGUGGUUCCUCUAAUAACUCCUUGAACAAGCUAAUAGAGAUGAUCGUGUCAAUUUAAUUUCACAUAUGCUUUGGUCAAAA